AUGAAGGGUUUCCAUCCACAUUGUUAAAUAGUCAUAGGUAGCUCCAAAUCGUCAGCGGCACAGGUUAUACAAUCACAACGCCAAUAAUCAUACUCAGCCAUAAUGCUCCGUGUCUUCCUCAUCAAGUAGUCUCAUUAAUCACGACCUGUUGUCUUGGUAUCACAGCCAUAAUGUUCUGAGAAUGCUCACAGGACUCGAAGGGAUCGAAAAAAAGGGGGAAAAAAAUAUAUAAUCAUAGGCAUGAAAAGAAUGGCCAGAGUCAGGAGACAGGUUUCGGUGUAAGCAUCUGAGGGAUAUACGGUAGAACACUGAGAGAAUCAAUUGACUGCCAUUGUCCUUGACUUACAAUAAGGCGUGUAAAAAGUCUUCUCACAGAAGCAAGAAAAGAGACAUAGAAGAUGAAAAAGACAAAGCACAAGACAGUCAUCACUGGAUCGCAUUGGCAUUGGAAGAAAGAGAGUCCCAUUCCCAUCGAUUACCUGAAGGCAAAAUCAUUGCUAGAGAACUUGUAAACGAAAUAGAGAAAUCACAGUGAAGCCUCCUGUUUAACAUAUAAAACGUUUAAAACGGAAACCAGACAAUGUAUUCCUAAUUCUGAGCGGAAACCCGGAGAUUGAUCAAUCCAGCUCGCCAAUAGAAGAGGCCGCGCCCCCAGCGGACAAGGUGACGACCUCCUCAGCGGAGAAUUUGCCCUUGGCCUUGUCGGUGGCACUCGCGCGGCCUCUAGCCUUGCGAUCAAGCAAGGCCUUCCUGUCCUUGUCGAGCUUGAGUUUGGUGACGACGACCUUGGAGGGAUUGAUCCCGACGUUCACCGUGGAGCCGUUGACCUUCUCGCGAGUGAUGCGCUCUACGUGGAUAACCCACCGACGGCGAUAAACCUGCACGACCUUGCCCUCCCGGCCCUUGUAGGUGCCUCGCACAACCUGCACCUCGUCGUCCUUGCGCACGGGCACGGAUCUCACGUUGUACUUGCUUCGCAGGUCCGACGACAGCGGCGCGCUCAUCAGCACCCGCCGCACCGACGACGGCGCCGUGAAGUGCGCCUUCCGGCUCUUCCUCCGGGAGCUCGAUACCCGCGGAUUGUACUUCAUCUCUUCGCCGUGGUCUUCCUCUCAGAAUAGGGUAGGGUUUAAAUCUCUCCUCCCUCCCCUUCUGAACUCUGCAAAAAGGGAGGUCAUUUAUUGCGGCGCGACGUAUAAAUAGGGCUGAGAGGAAGCUGUGGGAGAGGGGGGAGACAUUUUUAUAGUGCUUGAAAAAUGUCCACAAGGAUUAGUCUCCCCAAGGAAUCUAACGCAGCUUUGCCAAAAGUCAAUGAAUUCUUGCCUAUUCUAUGAAUUCUUUUUUUUUUGUAUUUCUGAUAAACCGGACAUUGACUUGUACACUACUUAUCCGCCCCAAUAUUAGGCUCCCCAAGGAAUCUAAUGCAUUUUUGCCAAAAGUCAAUGAAUUCUUGCCUAUUCUAUGAAUCUUUUUUUUAG